AUGUAACAAAAAUUUAAGUCUAAACUUUACAAUAUAAUUACAGAAUGUGAAUAACUGAAGGAUUCAAAUGCCAGCUUCAACUAAGAAAUAUCCAACUUUACUACUAAAUAUCGCAUGAGAUUUAGCAAUAUUGUUAAGCGAGCUUAAUCGGAAGAGACAAAGAAGUAAAAGGAAGAAAAGCAAUUAAAAAUGAAUAUUAGACUUCACCAUUACCUUUGUCAAUAAAUCAUAGACUCAACUCAAUAUAACUUGGAAAGGCCUAAUCGGAAAGCCGAAAAGUACAAGCUCUAGGAAGAAACCUUUUUCGAUAGAAAUCCUGUUUUAUAUCUCAAAUAGCAAUUAUAAUAAGAUAAAUAGAGGAGUCUUAAAUUAUCGCUUUAAGCAAGACAUUUUUCGAUUCAACAACAAAAAUUUGUGUAAAAACUAGAAAACUAUAAAGACUUUAUAGGUCUAAAAUGA